AACAUUAAUUUCAAGAUGGUCGUCAUACAAUGUAAUGAAUACAGGUGGACCAGAAUCGUCUUAUGGCGAACUUAUGGGAAGAAAUAAAAUAAUUUGUGACAUCUCUAGAGAGCAGAUACUGGAAAUAGUUGAUACUUUAAUUAGCGAUCCUAGUUCAGAAAAUGAACCAUUUACUGUAGCAGAAUAUGGCGCCGCUGAUAGUUCAAGUUCAAUGGGACUUAUGACAGAUAUAAUUAACACGGUCAGAUCAAAGUGCGGAAUCAACAAAGAAAUACAUAUAAUGUAUGAAGAUCUCCCACUGAGUGAUUUUAACAGUUUAUAUAAAAGAAUUCAUGGUAUAAUACCCAUUCCCCGGUCAUAUCUUUUGGACCAUGAAAAUGUUUACGUAACAUCUUCAGGUACCAAUUUUUAUAAACAAUGUUUUCCUGCCAACUCCGUGGAUCUUGCAAUAUCCUUCUCGUCGCUACAUUGGUUAUCAAAAUCGGUGCAACUCUCUGAUAGCGUGUACCGUAAUUUUUCAAAGUGUGAAGAAGAAAAAGAUGCCAUUAAGGAACUGGCGUAUUAUGACUGGAUGUCUUUUCUCAAAAACAGAACAAAAGAACUAAAACCAGGUGGAUGGGGUAUAUUUUCAACUUUUGGGGAAGAUGAGGCCACACUAGAGAAACCAACCAAGAUGGCCUUUCAGGAUGUAUACACUCAGAUUGAUAAACUUUGGAAAAGCUUUUAUUCUCGUGGUAUUAUUACACAGGCCGAGUUUGUAAGAGGAACAUUUGCUGUCGUCUUUAGAAACACACGGGAGCUAGAAGAACCAUUCCGGGCCUCAAACGAAUUACAGAAUUUGGGAUUGAAGCUUCACAAAGUCAAACUGGAUAUCUCUCCGUGCUACUUUAAAACAGAAUGGAAGGAGAGACUAGAAUUAGGUGUAGAUGAUAGAGAAAAAUUUGCUCAGGAUUUAGCAAAUUUAUAUAGAGUACCAACAUAUAAUACCUUUUAUGGAGCACUGGAUGGUGAGCGGAGCGAGGAAGACAAAUCUCAGAUUUGUGAAUUACUUUAUGAAGAACUGCGAGACGCAUUUUUAACCAGAUACCCAGAAGAGGUGGAGAACGAUGGAAUAAUUAUAAAUACGUAUGUUUUUAAGCAAUAGGCGUAUCAGUUACUCAUUAUGGGACCAGGAUACGAAAUAAUUAGUUUCAGGAUUGAAUAAAAGAUGAUUUCUUUCA